GCAGGAUGCUCCUGCGGGAUGUGAAGGCCCUCACCCUCCACGCUGGCCGCUACACCGCCUCCCGCAGGCUGGACCCCGUCCCACAGCUGAAGUGUGUGGGAGGCACAGCCCGCUGUGAUUCUCACACGCCCACAGUCGUCCAGUGUCACAACAGAGGCUGGGAUGGUUACGACGUGCAGUGGGAAUGCAAGGCUGACCUGGACGUCGCCUACAAGUUUGGAGAGACAGUGGUCAGCUGUGAGGGCUACGAGUCCCCCGAAGACCAGUACGUACUGCGAGGCUCCUGCGGCCUGGAGUACCAGUUGGACUACACGGAGCUCGGCCUGCAGAGGCUGCGGGAGUCCGGCAGACGGCGCGGCUUCGCCUCUGUGUCGGACGCCCACCGCAGGUGGUACUCCACAGACUCCUGUGGCGCCGGGGGCCUGGUCACCAUCGCCGUGCUGCUGGCCGUUGCCUUCGUGGUGUACAAGUUGUUCCUGAGAGAUGGGGCCGGCUCUCCCCUGCACUCUGAGCACCCCUUUUCCCACUCUUACCCAAGAUCCACCAGCUCGGCAGGGCCCCCGCCCCCAGGCUUCAAGUCUGAGUUCACAGGCGCAGAGGACACUGGUCUGGGUGGUGCUUUUGCAGGACGACAAGGACAUGACCGUUGGGGACCAGGGUUCUGGACCGGCCUGGGCACUGGAGGGAUAUUAGGGUAUUUGCUCGGCAGUAACAGAGCGGCAGCACCCUCUUCAGACCCGUGGUAUGGCCCGGCUCGCCCCCCGUCGUACCCGGCCAGCACGUGGGGAAGUCCUGCCUACUCGCCAGCCCCUGGGGGCUUGGGCGGCAGCCAAUCAGCGUGCUCAGACUCAGAUGGGAGAACCAGAGUCGCGUCAGGGUAUGGCGGUACCAGGAGGCGGUAGAGGUGAGGCGAAACCCGCUUUCUCGUCCUGGCUGUAGACAGUGCUACCUGCUAACAGUGAGGCAGGGCCUCAAAGCUAGGGUGUUUGGUCCCAAGUGACUUUGCAGUCUGUUUUCUGAGGCUGAGACUGGACAGGUGACUGACAGCUGCCGUGUGGCGUGCAGUGGGGCAAGCAGACGCACGUGGCCGGCUGGAAAGGGCAUGCAUGCCGGGAUUCCGUAAUCCCGAAUCCUGCGAGGCACAGGAAGCCAAGAAGGGGGUGCGGCCAUGAGCCUGGGUGCUUGUAGCUGAGGGACCCGGAGACGUGAUGCCCUGUGCUGUCCCGAUGCUCCAGCCAGCUCUGGGCUGGUGUGGGUGGUGUGGCUUGCAGGGAGGCAGGGAGCGCCCUCUGGAAGGCGGUCAAGGGACUGGAGAGACUGCCUGAGGGCUGAGGGGGAAGUUCAGAUGCUCCAACUUUUUUCCUUUUAGUAACAAAAGCUUGCAGCUGUCCGUGGGAUCUCACAUGUUACUGUUGCAGUCUGUUUCAGAAAUAAACACGCAAAUCUUUCUCUUUCUCUUCGCUCCACA